CGUAACAGUGGUGUAUCUCUGCGGCGCGAGGGCGAAAUUACCGUCAUUACCCCACGGAACCGGACCGGAGAGCAGGAAAAAGGCAUAUAUAUAUAUACACACACACACACAUACACACACAUAUACACAUGCACAUACACACAUAGACACAUAUAUAUAUACACACACACACAGCACCGUAUGGGGCUCGGACACGGAGCUCCACGUUAAUACACCGGAUAGAAGGUCCGCCGUGAGGAUGGAACACAUCAGGACACCGAAGGUGGAGAACGUGCGUUUGAUUGACAGAUGGAUUCCCCGAAAGUCCAUGGUGGGAACGUUGUACCUGUCCUCCACACACACCAUCUUCGUGGAGAACUCAGACACACACAAAGAGACUUGGCUCUUGCACAGUCUAAUCAGCAGUGUUGAUCGUCCCCCGGCCACGCCAACAGGAAGUCCUCUCAUCCUGCACUGUAAGAACUUCCAGGUGUUUCAGUUCCUGUUGCCACUUGAGAGAGAUUGUGUAGAUGUUCAUGAGGCACUUACACACCUGUCACGUCCAGAGCGUUAUGGAGAGCUCUUCUGCUUCUCCUUCUUGCCCAGCAUGGUUAAAGAGGACAGAGAGAAGGCUUGGAGUUUCCUGGACCUCCGUGCUGAGUUUAGCCGGAUGGGAAUUCCGAGCAACCUCUGGCACAUCACACCAGCUAACCACGAGUACAGAGUGUGUGACACGUACCCCUCAGAGCUGUUCGUGCCGAAGUCAGUGUCUCCCGCCGUAAUCGUAGGCAGUGCCAAAUUCAGGAGCCGAGGGCGACUUCCUGUUCUCUCGUACUUCCACAGGGACACCGGCGCCGCCGUGUGUCGUAGCAGUCAGCCUCUCUCUGGUUUCAGCACUCGUUCUCCAGAGGAUGAACAGAUGCUGCAGUCCAUCAUGAAGUCCAACCCUACCAGUGAGUUCAUGUAUGUGGUGGACACGCGACCAAAGCUGAAUGCGAUGGCCAAUCGGGCAGCAGGAAAAGGCUAUGAGAACGAGGAUCACUACACGAACAUCAAACUACAGUUCAUUGGCAUCGAGAACAUCCACGUGAUGAGAAGCAGCCAGCAGAAACUCAUCGAAGUCGGGGAUCUCCGGUCUCCAUCGAUGGGGGACUUCCUGUGGGGUCUGGAGAAUUCUGGGUGGCUCAAACACAUUAAAGCAGUGCUGGAUGCUGGAGUGUUCAUUGCCAAGGCUGUAGCAGAGGAAGGGGUGAGUGUGUUGGUACACUGCUCUGAUGGAUGGGAUCGUACGGCUCAGGCCUGCUCGGUGGCCAGCUUGCUCCUGGAACCGUACUACAGAAGCAUUAAAGGGUUUAUGGUGCUGAUAGAGAAGGACUGGGUAUCGUUUGGACACAAGUUCUCACACAGGUAUGCUCACCUGGACGGAGACCCUAAGGAGGUGUCGCCUGUGAUGGACCAGUUCCUGGAGUGUGUUUGGCAGCUGAUGGAACAGUUCCCCUGCGCCUUCGAGUUUAAUGAGCGCUUCCUCCUGCAGCUGCACACACAUGUCCACUCCUGUCAGUACGGCAACUUCAUCGGUAACAGCCAGAGAGAGCGUCGGGACCUGAGGAUACUGGAGCGAACUCAUUCACUGUGGCCGUGUCUUUGGAAGAACAGAGCCGAGUUCUUAAAUCCGCUGUACAGAUCAGACCACAGUCAGACUCAGGGUGUGCUGAGACCUGUGACCACACCCUACAGCUUCAAAUUCUGGAAAGGCAUGUACAGUUGUGCAGAAAGGGGCAGGGCCUCACAUCAGUCUCCUUCUGAUUGGCUGACUGCAGUGAAGGAGGAGUCACAACAACUGGAGGAGGAGCUUAACACCCACCAGGAGAGACUUGCUCAGCUGCUAGAGAGCAAGAUGAAGAGCAACGGAGCGACUGAACAUUCGUACCGGAUAUUGCUGAAAGAAAACAAGGUCAGCGAAACUCAGGAUUUCAUCACCUGCAUGAACUCUGCUAUUGGGACAGAAAACCACGCCCCCUCCUUCACACUACCACUGACAUCACCUACCAACCCCAAGGCCACCGACGCCGACGAUCUUUCAGUCUGCAGUGACCUGGAAUCAGGUGUCGCUGACCUCAGCAGCCACGCCUCCAGCUCCUGCGACGAUACAAAAGACCCCCAUCUGGACGAGGCAGCCUAUGCAAGCGUCUGAGUAAAAAAACAGGAAACAGGAUCGCUGAUAGGGGGACAAUAAUCAGGAGCGGUGUUUAUUUAUUUAUUUAUGUGACAUCUGAGAAACCCAGCGGUUCCCAUUAACUGGAAUGGAAAGCAACAGAGAUCCAACUGGAGUUUAGGUUUUAAUAAUAUAACUGACAUCUUUACAGAUAUUACUGGUUAACGAAAAAAAAAAAAUAUAUAUAUAUAUAUAUAUAUAUAUACACAUGUAAUGUACAUAAAUUAAAUAACACUCUAACUUAAUCAGUGGCCAUGUUGGAGGACCAGAGUCACUUUUAUUUUACCUCAGCAAAACAUGUUAGCAUGUUAGUGCCAGCGCUAAGGGUGAACGCGUCUGUAAGAUUAGAGGAGGAAUGUUGAAGCUGAAGGACACAGUCGCUAUUUGUUUUACCAGCAAACAAAAAGUGUUCAGUGAAGGUGGAAGUGACAUUUUUUUUAGGCUUUGAUGCGUUUAUUUUUAUUCUUUACACUUCUACCUUGAGUUUUGAGAUCCUGGUUUUGGCUCCUGUGUGUUGGUGUGUUUGUGUUUUACCACAGUAAUUCUCUCCACUUAAAAAAAAGUAGUUACACCUCCUUUGACAACAACGUUUAAACCACAGUGACAUGGUUCUCUUUACAUUUGCAUUGUAUAUUAUAAAAAGCAAACUGGUUAGACUGGAUGAACUGUUUCAGAAGGAUCUGUUUAUCCUACAUGUAGAUAUUAAAAGUAACAAAGGUGCAACAUAUUUAGUUCUUUCUUAGGUGCUGAGCUCUGAUCAUCAUCUGCAUUUCAUAUCUUAAUAUCAGAUAAUAUUCCACACAGACAUAUACACAUAACCAACAGAGAACGUUGCUAAUCCACCAUCCCACCCAAAUCACCCACCCACCAUCCCACCAACAUCUCCCAAUAACCCACCCACCAUCCCAACCAACCCACCCAAUAUCCAACGCACCAUCCCAUCCAGUAACCAACCCAAACCCACCUACCCAAUAACCCACCCACUAACCCACCCACCAUCGUCUCCCAGUUGAAGCACAGAGGAGCUGCAAGCUCACACGAGCACAGUUUGAAACUUGGAAACAUUCCUGUGUUUUCUACACACAUGUACACACACAACAGCAAUUUGGUUGUAAAACACUGUACAACAUUAGAAUAAAUUAAUAUUUACAACUCAUCUUGUAGUCUUUGAACUACUUUUGAUGCUGAAAUGACCCCCCCCCCCC